CCAGCCAAAGCUGACAAAAGCAGCAACCCCCCACCAGCCUACACCGCCGAUGCUGCGACCCGCGAUCUACUUUCGAUGCGCGAAGGCGACCCAGAGGAGAAAAUCGAUGUUCCCUUCGUGUACAGUCAUGACAAGAAAUCGCUCAAAGACUAUCUUGCGUUCCGCAACGUAGGCACUGUAACGCGCCGUAUUGUGCCGCGGCCCAUGACGCGCAGGCUGUACAACGAGCGUUAUGCGCAUGACGCCGAGGGCAACCUCGUAGGUACGGGGGUCAUGGCGCCGGAUGCUGGGCUUGUGUUCAUACCCAGCAAGGGGACGGAGCAGGAUCUCCUGGACCAGGUCAGUCGGAUGGCGCAUUCGAGGAAGAAC